AUGAAACAGUAGGGGAUUAGUUUUGAAGUAAGAUGGAAAUUGAAGGAACUGAUGGGUCCAAAACCCUGCUGAAACCCGGUUCAACCCGAGAGUUCGGUAGAGGGUUGGGGUUCACCUCCGACGACCGAACCGUUUCUCGCCGGCAAAUCUCGUUCCAAAUCCGUAAGUCUCCAGACCAGGAAGAUGAAACUAAGGUUAAUUUUGAAGUUGUUGGAAGGAACCCUAUUUGGGUAUACAGUAAUCGGGACGGUGAAGUUCGAACUUUUAGGAAGUCUGAAAGAGGCGAAAUGGAGAAUGGUGACAUGUUCUGUCUUUCGGCUAACAAAUCCAUCUGGUUCACCUUGAAAAGAAUCGAUAAUAGGGAUGCCAAGAAAGAGUUGGAAAUGGAGACUCAGUUGGCUGAAAGUCUUCAGAGUAGUUUAUGCCCUGUAGGGAUUGAAUUAGACCUCAAGAAUGUUGAUAUUUCGUGCAUUGACCCUGUUCAAGAGUUUGGUUUUCUGGUGAUGGGACAUGAAUUUGAUGGUUAUCCUAAGAGAAUGAUUCGAGAGAUGAAGAACUGGAAUUGGUUUAUCGAGGAUGAAGGAGCAGAGAGUGAUACCGAUGAGGAUUCUGAUAGAAAAGGCAGAAAGGGCUCUAGGAGAAAACGGAAGAAAAAAGGCAAGGGAGAUGAUGAUGAGUGGACUGGGGAAAGUGAAGAUGAGAAGGAUCUGCCCACGGUAUCUAAGAAACUUCAGGGAUCUAAAUACAUUACAAGGUCCAAGGACAAGUCUACUGCAAAAAGGAAUAAACCUUCUACACAGCAAAAAACUCGACCCCCUGAAGAAGAAUACGCGGAAGAUGAUGAAGAAGAAGAUGAGGAGGAUGAAACGCUGGGGGGUUUCAUUGUAGACGAUGAUGAAGAAGAGGCAGAAGUUGGUGAAGAAGAAGAAGAGGAGGAAUUUGAUCCCGAUGAAGAUGAUGAAGUAUUAGAAGAUUGAUGUUCCUCCAAAAACCGCGUUAGAAUGGCUUUUGCUUGCUAGUUUUAUGUAGUCUGUCUUUGUGAAUUGUGAUUGCCUUUUUGGAGUGUCAAUCAUUUGCCAAUCCUGUAUUCUACUUGUAGUUCUACAUUUUCCUGCUACUGUAUAUGAUAAUGUUGGUCUUGACGUAUAAUUUUAUUAGUACUAGUUCUUUCUACUGAACUAGCUGAUUUUGCUAGCCACACUUUUUAUAAGGUCUACGUACGCUUUACUCUCUCCGGACUUCACUUAUGAAAUUUCACUGGAUAGUUUGUUGUU